AUGUCUACCAAGGACGACAGCACUCAAUUCCAGUUCUUGAUCACCUGCAUCAAGAACUCCAACGCCGGCAAGGUCGACUUCGGCGCUGUUGCCGAGCAGCUGGGAAUUGUCAGCAAGGGCGCUGCUGCCAAGCGAUAUGAGCGUCUCAUGAAGGCCCACGGCAUCGGUCCUAAUGGCAUCGCCGGUACUGCCAGCCCGAAGAAGGCAGCCAUCAAGAAGGAGAAGGGUGCAGGAAAGUCUCCUGCCAAGAAGCGCAAGCUCGAGGAGGUCGAUGAGAAUGCCGGCGACGAUGACGAGCCCAUCAAGGACGAGAACAUUAAAGGUGAAGUCAAAUCUGAAGUGAAAUGUGAAGUGAAGUUCGAAGAUGCCAUGAACGUCAAGCUGGAACACGGCAGUGGUGGUAUGGCGAUUACAGACACUGGAGCGCCAAACUCGACACUGUCUUCUAGUCACGGCAACGACGAAGACGACGAUGAUGAUGUUCUAGUGGUCUCAGCCACCGAAAGAUCAAGCAGCGGCAAUGUUCCUGCCUACGGCAGCAGCGAUCACCACCACCACCACCACCACAUGUCCAUGUCGACGCAGCAUAUUCCAAGUAUCCACUCACCUUUCGACUACGCCACUAACAUGGGAUUCCCUCUACAGACAACGCCGACGUCGACUAUGAUGACGACGACCACGAUGAUGCCGAGGUCUAGCUCUGGCAACCCCCUACCCUACGGCUUUGCCCCUUCACCAUAUGCACACAGUCACGACGGUCACCACUUCUUCUGGCAAGGCCCUGGCAUGAUGCCCACGCACCCUGAUGGUGGACACAAGGAAGAUCCGACAGAUCGAAGCUCGUGA